CAUUCCAGUUUGUAAUAAAAUGGCUGAUUCUUCAAUGGUCUACACUCUUACUCCAGAGCUAUCCUUUUCACCAUCUACAGCAAGAGCAAAAACCACUUAUAAAAUUGGAUCAAAGUUAGUGAAUACUGAAACGAGACACACAGAGUACAAAGUUGGAAAUUUUGCUUUGAAUAACUUAGAGCAGCACAUAAGGAAGUAUGGUUCAACGUUUUUAAAUUCAGGAGGAGGUACCCUAACAAUUGGUAUUGCUGAUGACGGCACAGUUGUUGGUGUGAAUGUUAGCUCGCAGGCUAGAAUUAAAAAAGUUAUAUGUGAUGAAUUUAAAGCCUUCAAACCAUCAGUUGGCAGUAGCUAUUAUGAGGUUGACUUUGUUCCCACAGACGAACGGGACAAGUUUAUAAUUGAAAUUCAUGUAAGAGCAGGAGAAGAUGAUGAGAUAUAUGCUGAUGGUGAAGAUAAGAUGUACAUUAGGAGAGAUGGCUCAGUACAGGGUCCAUUGUGGCCAAGAAAUAUCAAAGAGAUAGUCCUUGAGAAGUUUACUAAAGUCCUGAACAGUAGUACCCCCAGUGCUAGUAAUAAGCAGUCAUUAGUUGAGCUGUCAGCAGCAACACCAGUUUUAGAGCAUAAGGAAUGAUCUAUUAGAAAUAACUGACCUCAGUCACUUAAGAGAUUCAUUUCAAUCAGUUAUCAUUAAUUUUGAUCAAAGAUGUCAGUUGACACAUUUAUAACUCUC